GUUGGCAAAAUACAGUUUGGAAAGAGAAGUAAAAUAAACCUGCAGAUGUCUCUUAUUUAUUUAUUUAUUUAGGUUAUAAGCUGAUUGAAAUUCUGUUUUUAUUUUACUUCAGUGGGACCCAAUGAUCACCACUCUACCAGGAUUAUACAUGAUGUCAGUGGGUGUACUGAAGCCAGUGUCUGCCAUCUUGAAUAUACCAGUUCUUGAAGUGUGUACAACGUUCUGGUUGAGAGCCACCAAUAUUUUUUUCAGCUUUGGGAACUUCUAUCUGAUUUACACAAUUCUGAAAAAACUUCAUAAUCCAGUAUUUGAUCCAGAUGGCAUCAAAAUUGCUUUGACAACAUUAGCGCUCAGCUUACUCCCAGUACUGUAUUUUUUCACCUUUCUGUACUACACUGACCAAGGAUCGACAUUUUUUGUUCUCAUGAUGUACCUCUUCAGUCUCCAUGGCAACCAUAAAAUGGCAGCCAUUUUUGGCACAGCAUCUAUACUGUUUCGACAAACCAACAUUAUAUGGGUAAUUUUUAUGGCGGGAUUAGCUGUGCGAAAGGAAUUAAGUUUAUGGUUGAAACAAAUUUGUGAGAAAAAAGACAUAAAGUUGGAAAAUUUGAAUGACUUAGAACUUUUAAAGGUGACUUUUACAGUAGUAUGUGAUUGUGCAAAGGCAAAAAGAAAUUUAUUGUUCUCACUGUUUUCUGAUAUCGUAAAAAAUGUAUGGGCAUAUGUAUUAGUUGGGAUAGGGUUUGGAAUUUUUAUCAUUCUUAACAAAGGUAUUGUUGUUGGUGAUAGAACGCAACAUGUGGCAGUAUUGCAUUUUCCACAGUUGUUUUAUUUCUUAACAAUGACAAACUUUUUUUCUCUAUUCCAUUUGUGUUCACCGUACAAAGUUUGGGAAUUUCUCAAAUUCUGUAUACGACAUCCAUUAUUUAUGUUGUCAUUCUUUGGUGUAGCUUUCCUCAUGAUACAUUAUUUUACAUACGAGCAUAAAUAUCUCUUGGCUGAUAACAGACACUUUACAUUUUACAUAUGGCGGAAAAUAUACCGUAGGCAUGAAUAUGUUAAGUAUAUCUUAAUUCCUGCAUACUUCUAUUUUUUCUGGAGUGUUUUAGAUGAGAUAAAGUUUAGAGAUAUAUACUGGAAACUUGUAUACAGUAUUUGCCUUGUAGCGGCAUUAGUUCCGCAGAAGCUACUGGAAUAUCGUUAUUUUAUACUGCCGUACCUUAUAUUUAGAAUGAACAUGCGUCACGGUACAGCCCUUGGACUUUUUCAUGAAAUUUUACUGGCCAUAGUAGUCAAUGUGUUGACAGUGUAUCUAUUUGUAAAUAUGUCAUUUAGAUGGAAACAUGAAGAUGAAGUUCAGCGUUUUAUGUGGUAGAGUAAGACAUUAUGUAUUUAUGUUGUGACACUUUUUUUGUUCUCAGAAACUAGUCAAUUAAAGUGACAUUAUACUCAUUUCGUUGUCUAGUUGAUUAGUUAAUUAGUUACCAAAAAUAUUACAAAAGAUUGACUAUUAUAACAGUUAAAUACAAAAACUGUCUAAAAUAUGAAAAUACUUAUGAGGUUAUUGUACUCUGUUGAAUUAUAUUUGACAUUUGAUUUAAGUACACAGCUGUCUAAAUUAUAUUUAGUGAGGCAAUAGCUAAAUAUAUAUAGGUAAAAAAGAAUCAGUAUUGUUCUCAUCCAUGUUUAAUGACCUCAUUAUGUCACAGCACAAUUUUUUGACAUCUUGACAUUACAAUAAGUGUUUGAUAUGAAUUUUAGACUCUCAAAAAGUAAAACGAGGCUAGAUGGGGAUGCAGUAUGUGAUUUUGUAGGAAUAUUACUGUUGGCCGGGUAAUGACCCCUAUUAAUUAAAUUAAAGGUUGAGGUCACAGUGACAAACUCCUAGUCUGAUAAAAAAAGUGAGGAAGAAUAAAACUGAGAAAAGCAGAAUCCCUAAAACAAGCCCAACAUGGUUUAUGCAACUUGGUAGGAACAUUGCCCGUGCCAGUUGUCAAAGUAUUAAGUCGGUUACAGUGACAUUUUAUGUAAAAUCCUUGUCCAAGUUAUAAUUUGAGAAAACAUAAGCAUAAGUUUGUUAAAAUUUGGUCAAGGUCACAGUGACAACUGAUGUAAAAUGUAAAACAUUCAUAGCAGUCAUAUAUUUGUGGUAAUUGUUAGUUAAAAUACUUCUUUUAUUUAUAUUACUUAUCAAUAUAACACUUAACCUAUAUGAAAUAUAUGUUUAUAAGUAUUUAAACAUACCUCGAUGUGGGGGGGAUCUAUGAUUAUCCUGUAGACACCUUGUUUGUUUGUUUUUUAUUAGCAAGGUUUAUACCAUAGAGACGGUGGUGUUAUUGCCCCUUCAAAAAAAUGUGAGGUUUUUUUUGUAAUUUUUUUUUAGUGUUUCUUAGAUUUUUCGUAUACACAUGUAUUUUUAGCUCGACUAUUCCAUAAGAAUAAGUAGAGCUAUUGAAGUCACCUGAGCGUCAGCGUCUGCGUCGGUGUCGACGUAACCACUUAUGUUAAAGUUUUUGCAAUACCUCAAAUAUUUUCAAAGUCCAUUGACAUAUGGCUUUGAAACUUUGCACACUUGUUCACCAUCAUGACCCCAACCUGUAGACAGGAGUAGGUAACUCUAUCAAGCAUUUUGAAAGAAUUAUGCCCCUUUUUCGACUUAGAAUUUACGUUAAAGUUUUUGUAAUACCUCAAAUAUUUUCAAAGUCCAUUGACAUAUGGCUUUGAAACUUUGCACACUUGUUCACAAUCAUGAUCCCAACCUGUAGACAGGAGGAGGUAACUCUAUCAAGUAUUUUGACAGAAUCAUGCCCCUUUUUCGACUUAGAAUUUACGUUACAGUUUUUAGCUCGACUAUUCGAUAAGAAUAAGUAGAGCUAUUGCAGUCACCCGAGCGUCGGCGUCGGCGUAACCACUUAUGUUAAAGUUUUUGUAAUAGUUCAAAUAUUUUCAAAGUACAUAGACAUAUGGCUUUGAAACUUUGCACACUUGUUCACCAUCAUGACCCCAACCUGUAGACAGGAGGAGGUAACUCUAUCAAGCAUUUUGACAGAAUUAUGCCCCUUUUUAGCUCGACUAUUCGAUAAGAAUAAGUAGAGCUAUUGCAGUCACCCGAGCGUCGGCGUCGGCGUAACCACUUAUGUUAAAGUUUUUGUAAUAGUUCAAAUAUUUUCAAAGUCCAUUGACAUAUGGCUUUGAAACUUUGCACACUUGUUCACCAUCAUGACCCCAACCUGUAGACAGGAGGAGGUAACUCUAUCAAGCAUUUUGACAGAAUUAUGCCCCUUUUUCAACUUAGAAUUUACGUUAAAGUUUUUGUAAUAGUUCAAAUAUUUUCAAAGUCCAUAGACAUAUGGCUUUGAAACUUUGCACACUUGUUCACCAUCAUGACCCCAACCUGUAGACAGGAGGAGGUAACUCUAUCAAGUAUUUUGACAGAAUUAUGCCCCUUUUUCGACUUAGAAUUUACGUUAAAGUUUUUGUAAUAGUUCAAAUUUUUUCAAAGUCCAUAGACAUAUGGCUUUAAAACUUUGCACACUUGUUCACCAUCAUGACCCCAACCUGUAGACAGGAGGAGGUAACUCUAUCAAGCAUUUUGACAGAAUUAUGCCCCUUUUAAACUUAGAAUUUACGUUAAAGUUUUUAUAAUAGUUCAAAUAUUUUCAAAGUUCAUUGACAUAUGGUUUUGAAACUUUGCACACUUGUUCACCAUCAUGACCCCAACCUGUAAACAGGAGGAGGUAACUGUAUCAAGCCUUUUUUUUACUAUCAAGCACUAAGAAUAGUCGAGCGUUGCUGUCCUACCGACAGCUCUUGUUCGACUUAGAAUUUACGUUAAAGUUUUGUAAUAGUUCAAAUAUUUUCAAAGUCCAUUGACAUAUGGCUUUGAAACUUUACACACUUGUUCACCAUCAUGACCCCAACCUGUAAACAGGAGGAGGUAACUCUAUCAAGCAUUUUGACAGAAUUAUGCCCCUUUUUCGACUUAGAAUUUACGUUAAAGUUUUUGUAAUAGUUCAAAUAUUUUCAAAGUCCAUUGACAUAUGGCUUUGAAACUUUGCACACUUGUUCGCCAUCAUGACCCCAACCUGUAAACAGGAGGAGGUAACUCUAUUAAGCAUUCUGACAGAAUUAUGCCCCUUUUUCGACUUAGAAUUUACGUUAAAGUUUUUGUAAUAGUUCAAAUAUUUUCAAAGUCCAUAGACAUAUGGCUUUGAAACUUUGCACACUUGUUCACCAUCAUGACCCCAACCUGUAAACAGGAGGAGGUAACUCUAUCAAGCAUUUUUUUUACUAUCAAGCACUAAGAAUAGUCGAGCAUUGCUGUCUUACCGACAGCUCUUGUUGUAAUACAAUGUACCUCAAAUAUUUUCAAAGUUCAUAAAAAACUUCAUAAUCCAGUAUUUGUACGUGUUUUUAUUAAAUUUCAUUUUUUUUUUAUUUAAAGUGUACAUUUCUAGUUCAUACUCUUCUUUGACAGCAUAAUAGGACUCCCUCCAAUGCCUCUAACUGUAAUAUGGAUUUAAAGAAAAAAUUUGCCUUUUUCUUUACUGAGAAAAUUUUACCUUUUAAUCAAGGCUUUUUUUACUAUCAAGCACUAAGAAUAGUCUAGCGUUGCUGUCCUACCGACAGCUCUUGUUUAUUUGGUAACUACUGCAUUUAUAUGAUUUGAUAACAGCAUAAGUUUUGUCUGUGAUAGAUGUAUAUUUCUCUUAUGAGUAUAAAAGGCAGCAAUAUAUUCAUUAAUAUCAGCUUCAAAAAAAUUUAUCUUAUAAAAAAAUACAUAAUUUAAUACGUUUAACCUAUUUAUCAUGAAUGUAUAAGUGUGAUUAAAAAAACAAAUCAUGAAUUAAGUUGGAGCUUCUUGUCUCCUAGAAUCUUGAAUUGUUUUCCAAAAUCAUUUUCAGAUGUUCUUUUUUCAUUUGUUUCCUUCUUGUCAUAUUUUUUUAAUUUACAGUUAUGGUAGAAUCAUGUUAUUUUAUGUUCAUUUGUACAAUUUUUGCUUAAAUUAUAAAAUAUAGUUGUGUGAGUCAAUAAGAAUAAAAGGCAGUUAAAUGAUGAA